AUGGCCUCCCCCGCAGGCUGCAGCUCCCGCGGCUUUGCCCGCGCAGCCCUGGGCUACUUCGCCCACCGUUUUGGCCGUCUUUACGACUCCUUCUACAACUCCCAAAUCUCCACCAAGUUCGUCUUCUGCUGCGCCUUCCCAGCAGCAGUCUUCGCCCUCAGGUACCGCGCAGACACCAAACUCGGCUACUACGCCUUCAUCGCGGAGCCCGCGCUUUACCCCGACUUGUCUCAUAAAUGGAUUUUUAAAAAGUGGCAAAAUGGCAAAAAGAUUUAUUUGCCGGACGGGGCGACAGUGGCGGACUUCAAGGCUGCGGUGUACGUACACCAGAAGCCCCGGGCCCUCCGCGAGAGGGAAGCAGCAGCAGCAGCAGCAGCAGCAGCAGCGGCGGGGAAGGCGGGGAAGGCGCAGGCGCAGGCAGCAGCAGCUGGCGAGGGAGGCGGCGGCGGGGAGCCGGGCCAGGAGCCGGAGCCCGCAGCAGCAGCAGCAACUGCAGCAACUGCAGCAGCAGCAACUGCAGCAGCAGCAGCAGCAGAUGGCAGCAAUCUCGAGUUUCAAGACACCAGCCAGCUGCUCGUCGGCUGCAGAGGCCGCAUGUUUGCUGACAGCGACAACUUGGCUCUCGCGGUGAAGGCCUUUUGCCGCAGAGACCCCAGGCUUCUCAUUUGGAAGGACUGA